GCAAGCAAGGGUCGCGUUAGCCGCGCGCCCCUAGACAUCCGCCGCUGCCCAAUUCCCUACCGCCGGCAUGAACCGCAAGAAGCUGCAGAAGUUGACGGACACCUUAAUUAAAAAUUGCAAGCACUUUAAUAAAUUUGAAGUAAACUGUCUUAUAAAUCUUUUUUAUAAUUUGGUGGGAGAAGUAACAGAGCGGCAAGGUACCACCAUUGGGCUAGAUCGUAAUGCAUUUCGAAACAUCCUGCACGUGACAUUUGGAAUGACAGAUGACAUGAUUAUGGACAGAGUAUUCCGAGGUUUUGAUAAGGACAACGAUGGCUGUGUAAACGUAUCAGAGUGGAUUUAUGGAUUAUCAGUAUUUCUUCGAGGAACUUUGGAAGAAAAAAUGAAAUAUUGCUUUGAGGUGUUUGAUUUGAAUGGUGAUGGAUUCAUUUCAAAGGAGGAAAUGUUCCAUAUGUUGAAGAACAGCCUACUCAAACAGCCAUCUGAAGAAGACCCUGAUGAAGGAAUUAAAGAUUUGGUUGAAAUAACACUUAAAAAAAUGGACCAUGACCAUGAUGGGAAGCUGUCUUUCACAGACUAUGAACAGGCUGUAAGAGAAGAGACCCUUCUACUAGAAGCUUUUGGACCAUGUCUUCCUGAUCCAAAGAGUCAUAUGGAAUUUGAAGCUCAAGUAUUCAAAGAUCCGAGUGAAUUCAAUGAUAUAUGAAUACCUAAAUGUGUUGUCUCAAGUACCCCUUAACAGGAAACACAUCAUAUCAUGUCCCACCAGCAAUGAAGUCCUGAAGACAGAACUGCUUCCUCCAUUCAGCAGGUGCCUGUAGGCGUUUGAUGCAACAUGAGAAAGAUGGGACCUACUUGGUUUCCUAUAGCUACUGUUUACCUCUUUCUUAAAUGCAUGCAGGCAGCUGAGAGAAGUAUUAUGCACAUAGUCCUCUGUCCAUAUAUAAACAUUCAGAGACUAUUUGGGACAUUAAAUCCCUUUUGUUACUAUAUAUGUGUCAAGUUUAAGCAAAAGUACACCUUGUAUU